GUUACCUUCCUGUCAAUAAUAAUAAAACAGUUUAUUUUACACAAUGUCAAUAUUAUAAUUGUACUGGCCUACUAAUUAAAUCAAAUUGAGACCAUGGGUCUUCCAUUUUUAUUAAAACAACACCAAUCGUUUUUGUUCAGCCUGCUACUUGGGGUUUUUAUUAGUUAUUCCAUAACGUUAUACUCCAAUUUAAGUAGUGAUUGUUUUUCAACUGAUUAUUAUGCACAACCGAUUAAUUUAGUGAAUGUGCAAAGUGAUGAAUAUGAACCUCAUAUUAAUCUCGCCGGGAAACCACAGAAGGCAAAAAAAGUUCCUCAAAACCUAAUCAGACCGAGGUAUUACUCUUCUGAACUUGGUAUUAAGGAGAAGCUUUUCAUCGGAAUCCUGACCAGUGAACAAACUGUUAGCACACUGGCUGUUGCAUUAAAUAAAACUACUUCACAUCUUGUCAAUAAAUUGAUGUUUUUCAUGGAUGCUGCUGGAGCUGAAAAAGCUAAUGUGAUAACAUUGAAGUUACCAGGCAUUGUUGGGUUUGUUGAUACUAGAGAAAUUUUAAAACCAUUUCAUAUGUUAAAAUAUUUAACUGACAAUUUCUUAGAAGAAUAUGAUUUCUUUUUUUUAACUCGAGACACAAGCUAUAUUAACGCUAAGCAUUUAAUGAAUAUUGUCAAGAAAAUAAGUGUUAGUCAAGAAGUUCAUCUUGGUGGAAUGUCGAAGAAAGAUGCACCUACUUAUUGCACUCUUGAUGGAGGUAUAUUACUCAGCAAUAAUGUGCUGAAAAAGAUACAAUCUUCUUUAGAUUGGUGUGUGAAAAACGCAUUUUCAGAUGCCGAUGAUGAUAAUGUUGGUAGAUGCAUUCUGCAUGCUUCUCAAUUGCCAUGCCAAUCUACUUUCCAAAAUUUAAAUCUUAUGAGUGUUGAGUUAACAGAAACUGAUAAGCAAAAUGUUGAAUCGGAAAAUCUUCCAGCAGCAGUGACAUAUUAUCAAGUAACUGAGCCAAAUCUUUUUUAUAGACUUCAUCUUCAUCUAGCAAAGAGCUACCUGGAAAUACAAAAAGCUUUAAUAGCAGAACUUAAAGAAUCGUUGGAUAUAAGUGAUUUAGCUUGGCCGCCAGGUAGUUACCCUCCAAAAAAACCUCAAAGUAGGUUUGAUCUUCUCUCCUGGCAAUAUUUCGAUGAUAAGAACAUGUAUCUUACAUCUGAUUUCAUUAAUUUGAAACCUCUUGGAGGAGCAGAUCUUCUUGACGUUUAUAACGUAAAAAAUAGAUCUAUACAGUGGUUAACCCAGAAAUAUGUUGGAAGUAUACAAUUCAGAAGACUUGUUAACGGUUACAGACGAUUUGAUCCUUCCCGGGGUCUGGAUUACAUUUUAGAUUUGGCUUUUAAGGACUCCACCGGAAAGGAGACUAUCAAGAGAGUAGAAGUUACAAAAACUCUAGGCAGAGUAGAAAUGUUGCAAAUGCCAUAUGUUACUGAAAAUUCAAGAGUGUACAUGCUUCUCCCUACUUUGGAAAUGGAUAAAACUAUGGCAAGUGAGUUCAUGAAGCAGUAUGCUCAGACCUGUUCACAAUCGGACCUCAGUUUUCUUAUGUUGGUGUUGCUUUAUGAACCUAAUGCCCCAGGAAAAGGGCAUGUUGCAGACGUUUUUAAAGAUAUUAAAGAGCUCACUUUGAAAUUAAGCUCAAAAUAUCACAAAGAUUGUAAAAUUACUUGGAUAUCAAUAAGGGUCCCAGAUGUUGGUGGAGGACCUCCAAUGUUAGAUUACCUACUCCACUUCGCUAUUUUAGAUCUUGCUAGCAAGAAGCUGGCUCCUGAUUCUUUGGUUCUAAUGACAGAACCGAAUAUGGAAAUUCGAACUGAUUAUUUAAACAGGGUCAGAAUGAGUACUAUUUAUGGAAAACAAGUUUACAGUCCAAUACCAUUCUCCGAGUUCUAUCCUCCAAUAGCAUACAGAAAUACUGAGAAAAAGUCUGUCCUUGAAAUACAUAAGAACACUGGACGAUUUGAUUUAGAAAACUUGCGACAUAUAUCUUUCUAUCUUGCUGAUUAUUUGGAAGGUCGCAAAUUAAUGACCCAUUUGCCAGUAGUGUCAAUGGACAAAGACAUUAGGCAGUUGUACUCUUCGCAAGAUGCUGGAGAUGACAAACCAACUAACUUGCUUGACAUGCUGACCAGGCAAGGCUUGAGUAUAAUUAGAGCAGUAGACCCUGCGUUACGGCUAAGAAGAAGAAACUGUAUGCCAGCCACUCCUUUCCUGCGCCCAACACAAUACAACCCAUGUGAUUCUCCACUUGCAACUAGGGCCCAACUUGGUCAGCUUGUUCUAGAUUUAACUGGAAACAAGUCAAGUAGUUCUCUUAGGCACAAGUAGGACAAGAGUCUGCAGUAGUUACAAUUUUAUAAACCAAAAGGGUGCUUUUUGUGAUAUUUUGUAAAUAAGGCUCAUUUAAAUUAGUUCAUAAUUAAAUUAAAAAUACUUAUAGAAAUGAUCUUGUGAAAAAUAUUUUAUACUGUAAUUUAUAAUAUUGCUUAGCAAUAAUUUUGUAUGUAUAUAUAUUUUUAUAAUUAUAAACUUCAACCAGU